CACCCCGGGGGUUAUGGAGGCUCCAGGGGCGCAGCGGCGGGGCAAAGAGAGGGUGGCCGAGGGAACAUCUCUGGAGGAACGCGAGCCCGGAGACGCAGGCCUUUGCUUGUGUGGAAGAAGACGAUGACGACGACACUGUUGCAUGGAUGAUUUUAUGUAAUUUACACUUGCUAGAUUUGCAAAAGGCAAUUAUCAUUGUGAAGUGUUUACACUGAUUAUGGAGGAAGGUGGCCUAGGAGAGGGAUGCCGAUAAUAUCAACACAGUGGAUUAAAUGCACAUUUACACCUUUAUUGACACAUAUAUUAUCCAUGCCAAGAAUGCUGGUGGAGCAACAAGGAAGAUGCUGGUGAAGCAAUGAUGUGGCACAGACUGUUAAAUAUGGAUUCAGCUCUGCCAACUCCCUAUAACGCACAUCAAUGGAUUUCUACAUCUGAGCUAAAAUAGGGAAUAAAGGGCUUACAGUGCUAGUCUGUUAAGAUAAUUAGCAGAGAUGGCAAACCAGAGAUCUGAAAGGAUUAUAAAAAACAAGGAAGAGAUUUGAAGGUCCUCUCUAUUUUUUGUUUCACAUUAAUGUUUUCUUAUUCAUACUGUGGAUUUUGAGGGAAAAGCUUCAGGAGACACGCAGGAUAUUUGUUACUGGGAAAUGGAAUCUGGAUCAGAGUCUAGCCAGCAUCAGAAAAGAAAGCCUGUGACACAUGGACUGGAAGAUCAAAAAGAAUUUAUACAGACUGGGCCAAUCACUAUCUAGCAAAAUCUGGUCAUAAACGUUUGAUAAAAGAUCUGCAACAAGAUGUGACUGACGGAGUUUUACUGGCUGAAAUCAUCCAGGUAGUAGCAAAUGAGAAAAUUGAAGACAUCAAUGGCUGUCCAAAGAAUAGAUCUCAAAUGAUUGAAAAUAUAGAUGCGUGCCUGAGUUUUUUGGCUGCCAAAGGAAUAAACAUACAGGGACUGUCUGCAGAAGAAAUCAGGAAUGGGAAUUUAAAGGCUAUCUUAGGCCUUUUCUUCAGUCUGUCACGAUAUAAGCAGCAGCAACAGCAGCCCCCUAAACAAUAUUCACAGCCCCACCCAUCCCAGCAACCUCCCACAUCACCCCAGCAAGUAAGGCCUCCAUCCCAGUGCCAAUUUGGGCUGCAAGAACAGCAAAUCCAACAAGAACAGCAGCAGCAGCAGCAGCAGCAACCACCACCACCACAAUCUGUGCCAGCAUCACCCCAGUCUCAGUGCCAACAACCCCAGCAAGCACCACAUCCUCAGUUAAAAGCACAACCAGAAAUGCAGUCCAGUGCAUCACCCAGGGACUCAUCUCAAAGCAAAAUCAUCCGAUUCACUCUCGGUCAGAAAAAGGCUUCUAGACUUCCAGGUCCUACGAGAGUUUCAGCUGCAGGCAGCGAAGCAAAAACUCGUGGUUCAGUUAAUGCCAACAACCGGCGCAGCCAGAGCUUUAACAACUACGACAAAUCCAAACCCACAAGCCCACCAUCCCUUCUAUCAAAUAGCAAUGAGAAAGAGCCAGCAGACAAUUUAGCCUCUCAGCACACAGGAAUGAAUGAAAAUGCACCACCUUCAACCCAAAGCAGCAGUAGCAACAACAUUGCCGGUUGCAAUAACUCCUCAGCCAUCCCCCAGCCCAACUCUGCCGUUAAGCCCUGGCGCAGCAAGUCACUCAGUGCCAAGCACACCGCUACGUCUUCCAUAUUAUCAGUAAAACAGCAGGUCCAGGAACCUCCGAAAUCCUCUCCAGAGAUGGUCAAACCAACUCCCAACGGUCAGAAAUCCAUGCUGGAAAAGCUGAAGCUUUUUAAUACAAAAGGAGGCUCCAAAGCAGGAGGGUCAUCCCUUGAAUGCCCGGGGUCUCGAGACACUAGUUGUGAAAGACUAGAGGCCCUCCCUAGCUUUGAGGAAAGUGAAGAGAUUGAAGCUGCAAAUCGGAACGCAAACAACCCCACAUCAAACAGUCCCAAAAUUGCACUCAAGGGAAUUGCACAAAGAACGUUCAGUCGGGCACUGACCAAUAAGAAGAGUUCCCCAAAGGGCAAUGAGAAAGAAAAAGAGAAGCAAAAGGAUAAAGAAAAGGAAAAGGGCAAAGACGUUGCCAAGAGAAUAUCUGUAACCGAGAAAGCAGACGUGAAAGAGGAGCCGAAAGAAGAACAGAUCCCACCAGCUACAACCGAGAUGCCAAAAAAAUCCUCCAAGAUCGCAAGCUUUAUCCCUAAAGGAGGAAAGCUAAACAGUGCCAAGAAGGAGGCACCUGCCCCUUCGCACAGUGGAAUACCAAAACCAGGGUUGAAAACUGCCACAGGGAAAUCCUCAAGUGCCCCAAGCUGUUCGGCAAAGGAUGGUGAGAGAAGCCGCGGAGGGAAGGCUGCCUCAGGCCUCUCUCAUCAGAAGCCCCAGCUGGACGGCAGGAAUUCCAGUUCCACAUCAAGUUUGGCCUCCUCUGAAGGGAGAGGCAUUGGAGGGGUGCCUGCUCUGAGUACUAGUAGCAGUACCCAGGCUGUCAAUGGGCCCACAGGCAGUACCACACAGACCACAGGAAGCAAUACUGUGAGUGUUCAGCUACCUCAUCCACAACAGCAAUACAGCCACCCGAAUACUGCCACAGUAGCACCAUUCAUGUACAGAUCCCAGACAGACAAUGAAGGGAAUGUAACGGCUGAGCCCAGCACUGGAGGGAUGGGCACGAGCAUGGAUUCUGCUCCUUACACUAAAACUGCACAGCCUAUUUUAGAAGAUCUUUCUGGGGAAGAUCCAGAAGCUCGACGAUUGCGAACCGUCAAGAAUAUCGCUGAUCUUCGACAAAACUUGGAGGAGACCAUGUCAAGCUUACGAGGGACCCAGGUUUCUCACAGCACCUUGGAGACCACCUUUGAUACCAAUGUCACCACUGAAAUAAGCGGACGCAGUAUUCUCAGUAUGACGGGAAGGCCGACACCCUUAUCAUGGAGACUUGGGCAAUCUAGUCCCCGCCUUCAGGCAGGUGAUGCUCCAUCAGUGGGCAAUGGAUAUCCUCCAAGAGCCAAUGCCAGCCGGUUCAUCAAUGCAGAAUCAGGGCGUUAUAUGUAUUCAGCUCCCUUAAGAAGACAGCUAGCAUCGCGGGGCAGUAACGUUUGUCAUGUGGAUAUCACCGACAAAGGAGGCGACGAAAUAGAUCUUGAAGGAAUCAACAUGGAUGCCACAGGUUACAUGAGUGACGGAGAUGUUCUGGGGAAAAAUAUAAGGACUGAUGAUAUUACAAGUGGGUACAUGACAGAUGGUGGAUUGGGCCUUUACACUCGAAGGCUAAACAGACUUCCGGAUGGGAUGGCUGCUGUACGGGAAACUCUGCAACGCAAUACCUCGCUGGGCCUGGGCGAUGCAGACAGCUGGGAUGACAGCAGUUCUGUCAGCAGUGGGAUCAGUGACACCAUAGAUAACCUCAGCACCGAUGACAUUAACACAAGCUCCUCCAUCAGCUCCUAUGCCAACACACCUGCGUCCUCUCGUAAGAAUAUAGAUUCCCAGACUGAUGCUGAAAAGCAUUCCCAAGUGGAGCGGAAUUCCUUGUGGUCUGGCGACGAAAUCAAGAAAUCCGAUGGUGGCUCAGACAGUGGUGUGAAGAUGGAGCCUGGGUCUAAAUGGAGAAGGAAUCCCUCUGAUGUGUCUGAUGAAUCUGAUAAAAGCAAUUCUGGGAGGAAGAACACAGUCAUUUCGCAGACGGGUUCCUGGAGACGGGGCAUGUCAGCUCAGGUUGGCAUUACCACACCAAGGACAAAAGCGGCAGCCACCUCAGGAACUUUGAAGACACCUGGAACAGGAAAAACUGAUGAUGCCAAGGUAUCGGAAAAGGGUAGAAUCUCUCCCAAAUCCGGACACAUUAAACGUUCCCCAUCAGAUGCUGGACGGAGCAGUGGUGAUGAAUCAAAGAAACCUUCUGCAAAUAACUCUAGAACAGCUGCUGCUAACACAAAUGCAUUUGGAUUUAAGAAACAGAGUGGGUCAGCUGUAGGCAUGACCAUAAUAACAGCUAGUGGGGCAACUAUCACUAGUAGAUCAGCUACUCUGGGCAAAAUCCCCAAGUCAUCUGGUCUUAUGGGAAGGUCUACUGGUCGGAAGACUAGUGUUGAUGGCUCACAGAAUCAGGACGAUGGUUACUUAGCCAUUAGUACUCGAAGCAAUCUUCAGUACCGGAGUUUACCCAGGCCCAGCAAAUCCAGCAGCAGAAGCGGAGCUGGCAAUAGAUCUAGCACCAGCAGCAUAGAUUCCAACAUAAGUAGCAAGUCAGCAGGCUUGCCUGUUCCUAAAAUGAGAGAGCCAGCCAAAGUUGCCCUUGGGAGCUCUCUGCCAGGUUUAGUCAACCAAACAGAUAAAGAGAAAGGGAUCUCAUCAGACAACGAAAGUGUAAUCUCUUGUAAUUCUGUUAAAAUGAACCCAGCAUCUCAGCCGGCUUCAAGUGCAUCCCAGAGUGCUCACCAGCAAGGAGUCAAGUACCCAGAUGUAGCCUCUCCUACCUUGCGCAGACUUUUUGGUGGAAAGCCAAGUAAACAAGCUCCCAUCACAACUGCAGAAAGCAUGAAAAAUUCAGUGGUCAUCUCCAACCCACAUGCAACCAUGAACCAACAGGGGAACCUGGAUUCUCCUUCUGGCAGUGGCAUAUUGAGCAGUGGUGGUAGUAGUCCCCUUUAUAGCAAGAAUGCAGACAUGAACCAGUCUCCAUUAGCUUCUAGUCCCAGUUCAGCUCAUUCGGCUCCUUCCAACAGCUUAACCUGGGGCACAAAUGCCAGUAGUUCUUCUGCUGUUAGCAAGGAUGGGAUUGGAUACCACUCUGUUAGCAGCCUGCACACCAGUUGUGAAUCCAUUGAUAUUUCACUCAGCAGCGGAGGCGGCCUGAGCCACAACUCGUCCAGUGGCUUGAUUGCAGCUUCUAAAGAUGACUCGCUGACUCCCUUUGUUAGAACCAACAGUGUAAAGACAACAUUGUCAGAGAGCCCUCUCUCUUCCCCUGCUGCUAGUCCCAAAUUCUGCAGAAAUACUUUACCCAGGAGGCAGGACAGCGACCCUCAUCUUGAUAGGAACACUUUGCCUAAGAAAGGACUCAGGUAUACUCCUUCAUCGCAACUUCGCAGUCAAGAAGAAGCAAAAGAAUGGCUGCGUUCACACUCUGCAGGAGGACUUCAGGAUACAGUUGUCAGUUCUCCAUUUUCCUCUGGUUCCAGCGUCACAUCACCUUCUGGAACUAGAUUUAACUUCUCCCAACUGGCAAGCCCCACCACAGCAGCCCAGAUGAGUUUGUCAAACCCAACCAUGCUACGGACGCACAGUCUUUCUAAUGCGGAUGGCCCUUAUGAUCCUUACAGUGACACCCGGUUCCGGAACAGCUCAAUGUCACUGGAUGAAAAGAGCAGGACAAUGAGCCGUUCGGGGUCUUUCCGGGAUGGCUUUGAAGAGGUGCAUGGAUCUUCUCUCUCUUUGGUUUCAAGUACAUCAUCUAUUUACUCAACGCCUGAAGAGAAAUGUCAAUCAGAGAUUCGCAAGCUAAGGAGGGAGUUGGAUGCAUCCCAAGAGAAAGUCUCGGCUCUGACAACACAGUUGACUGCCAAUGCUCACCUCGUGGCAGCAUUUGAACAGAGCUUAGGAAAUAUGACCAUUAGACUACAAAGCCUUACCAUGACAGCAGAACAGAAGGAUUCAGAACUGAAUGAGUUAAGAAAAACUAUUGAACUACUGAAAAAACAAAAUGCUGCUGCUCAGGCUGCCAUAAAUGGUGUAAUUAAUACACCUGAGCUCGCCUGCAAAGGAAGUGGGACUGCGCAAACCACUGAUUUGCGGAUCCGGAGGCAGCACUCCUCAGACAGUGUCUCUAGCAUUAACAGCGCAACCAGCCAUUCCAGUGUGGGAAGCAACAUAGAAUGUGACUCCAAGAAAAAGAAAAGAAAGAACUGGGUCAACGAGUUGCGUAGUUCCUUCAAACAAGCAUUUGGUAAAAAGAAGUCCCCCAAGUCAGCAUCUUCUCAUUCAGAUAUUGAGGAGAUGACGGAUUAUUCCCUGCCCUCAUCGCCAAAACUGCAUCACAAUGGCUCAGUUGUCUCUACGCCAUUACUGAGAACGUCCCAUUCCAAUUCACUGAUUUCAGAAUGUAUCGAUAGUGAAGCGGAAACAGUGAUGCAGUUGCGAAAUGAGCUGAGAGACAAAGAGAUGAAGCUAACCGAUAUCCGUUUGGAGGCCCUCAGCUCCGCCCACCAACUUGACCAACUUCGGGAAGCUAUGAACAGAAUGCAGAGUGAGAUCGAGAAACUAAAAGCAGAAAAUGACCGGCUGAAGUCGGAAAAUCAAGGCAGCUGCAGCAGGGCCCAAUCUCAGGUUUCCAUUUCAUCCUCUCCAAGGCAGUCCAUGGGUCUUUCCCAGCACAGCCUGAACCUCACAGAGUCAGCGAGUCUUGACAUGCUGCUGGAUGACCCCAGUGAUGGUUCUUCUCGAAAAGAAGGUGGCAGGCAUGUUAAAAUAGUUGUCAGUUUUCAGGAUGAAGUUAAAUGGAGAGAAGAUUCCAGGCCUCGCCUCUUCCUUAUUGGCUGCAUAGGCGUCAGUGGAAAGACCAAAUGGGAUGUUCUCGAUGGCGUUGUUAGAAGGCUGUUUAAGGAAUACAUCAUUCAUGUUGAUCCUGCGAGUCAGCUAGGGCUGAAUUCAGACAGUGUCCUGGGAUACAGCAUUGGGGAAAUCGUUCGCACAAAUAGCAUGGAGACACCUGAGCUGCUUCCCUGUGGCUAUCUGGUUGGUGAAAACAAUACCAUAUCGGUGACUAUCAAAGGGAUUGCAGAGAAUAGUUUGGACUGCCUGGUGUUUGAGUCCCUGAUCCCCAAGCCUAUUCUGCAGCGCUAUGUGUCACUCCUGAUGGAGCACAGGAGAAUCAUCUUAUCUGGCCCAAGUGGCACAGGAAAGACCUACCUAGCCAAUCGUCUGUCAGAGUAUAUGGUCCUUAGAGAGGGCAGGGAGCUGGCUGAUGGUGCUAUUGCAACAUUUAACGUGGAUCACAAGUCCAGUAAGGAACUCCGCCAAUACCUCUCCAACCUUGCUGACCAAUGCAAUAGUGAAAACAAUGCUGUGGAGAUGCCUCUUGUGAUCAUCCUGGACAACUUGCACCAUGUCAGCUCCCUGGGAGAGAUCUUCAAUGGGCUCUUGAACUGCAAGUACCACAAAUGUCCCUACAUUAUUGGAACUAUGAACCAGGCAACUUCCUCUACACCAAACCUUCAGCUCCACCACAACUUCAGAUGGGUGUUGUGUGCCAACCACACUGAGCCAGUCAAGGGCUUUCUUGGCCGUUUCUUGAGAAGAAAGCUCAUUGAAACGGAGAUUGGUGGCCGUAUGAGAAAUGCGGAACUAAUUAAAAUUAUAGACUGGAUUCCCAAAGUCUGGCAGCAUCUCAACAAGUUCUUAGAGGCCCACAGCUCUUCAGAUGUUACUAUUGGUCCACGACUCUUCCUCUCCUGCCCUAUAGAUGUCGACGGUUCUAGGGUUUGGUUUACUGACCUGUGGAACUACUCUAUUGUUCCCUACCUUCUUGAGGCUGUCAGAGAAGGGCUACAGUUGUAUGGAAGAAGAGCACCAUGGGAAGACCCUGCCAAAUGGGUAAUGGACACUUACCCAUGGGCAGCCACCCCACAACACCACGAAUGGCCUCCUUUGCUGCAACUGCGGCCAGAAGAUGUUGGAUUUGAUGGUUACUCCAUGCCUCGGGAAGGUUCAACCAGCAAGCAAGUUCCACCUAGUGAUGCUGAAGGAGAUCCUCUGAUGAACAUGCUGAUGAGAUUGCAGGAAGCGGCUAACUAUUCAAGCCCGCAGAGUUACGACAGUGACUCCAACAGCAAUAGCCAUCAUGACGACAUCCUGGAUUCAUCUCUGGAAUCAACAUUAUGAUGCGAA